AUGUGGAACGACGAGGAUAAUAAUCCAUACGGCGCAUUUGAUAACGAGGCUCGUCUCUCGGAAUCAUUGCAGUCAGCAGCCAUUUCCCCUCCUCUCUUCGAUCACGAACACACCCCUCCCUCACCCUCCAGCCGAUCAUCCAGCCAGGGCCCGCCCGACUACAUAUCCCGACCACAGGAUCUGAGUGAUGAGGACGAUCAUGAAGACUACAGUGAUCAGCAGACCGGGCAAGGCUACCCCCGGAAAACCGUCUACGACAGUCGCAUUGAACAGCUACUUUACGAGAAUCCGGAGAUGCCGAUCCUCAUUACAGAUGCAGGAAAGAACCAUGAGGGCGGCGGAAGCUUCAUAGUAUACACAAUACGGACUGGAGAUCUGGAGGUCCGUCGACGCUACUCAGAAUUUGCUUCCCUGCGACAGACAUUGGUAAACCUACAUCCCACGCUUGUCAUCCCUCCAAUUCCAGAGAAACACACAAUGGCCGACUAUGCUGCCAAACCCACCAAAGCUAAGGAAGACACGGCGAUUAUUGAUCUGCGCAAGCGCAUGUUGGCGGUAUUUCUAAACCGGUGUCGUCGAAUGAAGGAAGUUCGAGAAGAUGGAGUCUGGUGGAGAUUCCUCGAUCCAAACGUCAGCUGGAGUGAGGUUCUCCAUUCACACCCUGCAUCAUCUGUGCCGAAAAACAACCUCAAGGCCCCUCCCCUCAAUCCGGCGAACCCCACAGCUGCUCAUGCCUGGCUACCAGUACCGUCUACCUCUGCGAAGCUCAAACCCUCACCUGGAGCUGCGAAUGCGGGCACAUCUAUGGACCGAGGGGAUGUGCCGGCCGCCAUACCUGGUCCUGAUGUGUUGGGUCGUUUCCCCCCAGAAACAAAGAAACUGAGUGAACAGGACCUCGAUCCCUACUUCAUCAACUUCGAAGCUUCCACUCGAGAACUUGAGUUGCUUUUGCAAGGGAAUAUUGAAAAGGUGAAUCGUCGUACGCUGUCGCAUCUGUCGACGCUCUCCGCGGAUCUGAUGGAACUGGGGGCUCGUUACAACGGGUUUUCCUUGUCUGAACAAUCGCCGACUGUUGCUACCGCUAUUGAGAGAGUGGGCCAAGCUGCAGAUACCUCGUACAUUGCAACCGAGGAGUUAUCGUCAUCUCUCAGCGCCAGCUUCGCGGAACCCAUGAGAGAGAGCGCACAAUUUGCCAGCAUCGUUCGCAGUGUGUUGCGCUACCGGGUUCUCAAGCGCGUACAGGAAGAGAUGACGCGCGAUGAGUUGGCUAAGAAAAAGACACUGCUGGAUUCCUUGGAAAGAAGCGAGCUCGAAGCCAAGCGUAUUGAGCAGUACCUCAACCGGACAUCACCUGGCUCGGCCGCCACAAGACCGCAACGCUCCUUGUCUGCCUCAUCGGCUACCAGUGCUCCCAGCAAUCGUGAUGGGCACGAAGAUGCGGCGUCAGCUGACUCUGAUUUUCCGCCGACCCAUGGAGAGCCGAUCGCAUCACCGUCGCAGGCGUCUCACACUUUGCCACCCCGGCGGCCUGAUCUGGGGCCAUCGUCUCCCCCAGCCCACCGCAAGUCAUCAAGCGGUACCUUUGUAGCGAACAAAAUUUUUGGUCGCAUCAGCCAUGCGGUGCACGGCUUUGUCGACGUCGAUCCGGAACGAACGCGACGGGAUCAGAUCGGGAAGACCAAAGAGAGUCUACUACAGUUGGAGCAAGCACUCGAGGUGUCUGAGAAAGAUGUCAAGGACGCAAGUGCUGGAGUUCUCCAGGAUCUCAAGCGGUUCCAAAAGGACAAGGAGGCUGAUCUACGGCGGUACAUGGUCGCAUACGCUCGCUGCCAUUUGGACUGGGCGCGAAAGAACAUGGAAACAUGGACCGAGGCCAAGGAUGAAGUGGACAAGAUUGUCGCUCGAUAG